AUGCAUCUUGUCUAUACGGCCACUCGGACACCAGAGUACUUUCAUCAAGUCCGGGCCUUUCCCUCGAGCUUCGCAAUCUUUUCGCGAAGUUGGGAUAUGAUUCCGGAGUCCCCAGAAUACGGGUAUGAGUGGUUGUGGACGGAAUCAUCUUGCGUCACGAACACUAGGAAGCAUAACCUCUGGAAAUCUAUCUUUGAGCUCUAUAGAAUGGCCAGCCUUUGUUUUGUAUAUCUAUCCGACAUUGAAAAGGUCGCAGAUUGGGACCAGAGCAAAUGGUUCCAGCACGCAUAUACCCUCCCAGAGCUGAUGGCCUCCAAUGAAAUACUCUUUUUUACCAAGACGGGGAAGGUAGUGGGUCGCAAAAGUGACCUGUGCAAGGAGCUGUCUUCUACCACCGGCAUUGAGGAGGCGGUAUUGAGAAACCCCGAGAAAGUGCAAAGUUGCAGCGUGGCCAAACGAAUCUUCCUUGUGCCAGACCUCUCCGUUCGAUUUAACGGCCUGACAAAUGCGAUGCUUUCACUCCAGCUUGAAAUAAUGAAAGAGUAUCAGGAUGACCUUUCAAUAUUCGAAUGGCAACACACGGAUAUUAAUGACCCAUGUACGAAUGGACUGCUAGCGGGAUCGCCAUUCCAGUUCCACCUCUGCGGGGACGUUAAAACAUGUAAAAAUGGGAGCAAGAUAAAUCUGGCAUCAGACAGUAAUGGCAUGUUUUCUAUUCAUGGGCUCAUUAUCUCUCAGCCUCUGGGCCGGAUUGGCUUGGUCCUUAACUCUUACCAUAGUGAUAUUCAUCCUAGGAUGUACCCUUGCAUUCAUCUCAGCACAGUGCCGCCAGAAUCGCCAGAGUCACCAGAGUCGCCAGAGUCGCCAGAAGUAGAGUGUCGCCGUAUGGACAUCAGCAAAGUGUAUUGUAUCUCGGCCGCCGAUGCUAUGAAGACGCCCAUGGCACAGGGAACAAUCUACAUUCGCGAGGAUGGGACCGCCUUCAUUCAUCUCUAUCUUGCUAUCACACACCCUCUUCUACAUUCUAUGAAAAUGUCACAUCGCCCCAUUCUAUCUUAUAUUUCCUCAUUGCCUAAGCCUGAUACUCUGUCUCAGUCGUUACGAGAACUCAGACAGGGUUUGCCAGAUGGCCUAAUGGCCAUGCCAUUCGUCUGA